UGUGUCGCUCCACUCGCGGCGAUACAACUCCGGAACUCGGGCAUACUCUUUCGCGUGGAAGACGUGCGUGCGUGCGUUGGUGCGUGCGUACGUGCGUGCCUAUCGGCGGCAGAGGAAUCCCGGUUGGAACAUGUGAUGAAGUGUGCCGCGUGUGCGCGCGAUCACGAUUCGUCGAAUCGUGCACGGCGCCGGUAUACGUGAGGAGAGAAGAACGAGCGGGCGCUCGUCCGCGACGACGCUCAGCGGCAAGACAAGCGGAGGGACAGACGGACGGACGGACGGACAGACGGACGGACGAACGGACGGAGGAGCGAACGAACGCGGGCGGGCGGGUGAGUGGACAAGAAACGGACGCUCGGCCGGGUCGACCGAGUGUACGCGUGCACAUUGACUUUGUACACAUAUACGACGCGGUUGUGCGCGAUGCGUGCGCGCCAUAUCGCCGUCGACGAGGGACGGCAGUGAGCGCGGCGUGUGUGAGCGAGCGCGUCGCGCGCGUCUCGCCGUACGCGAUACGGAGUGCGACGGACCGCGGUGACGUGUGAAGUGAGGCGCGGAAGCAAGGGGGCGAGGGAAGAAGAAAGAAGAAGAAGAAAAAAAACGGUCGUCGUCACCGGCAACGGCGGCGCGUCUCACAUCUCGCCGUACGCGGUCGGCCCGCGUACCGUGUUGCGAAGGAGGAGACGUGCGCGCGGUGAAGGCAGACGAGGAGGAGGCGAGGAAGGAGGUGGAGGAGAGGAGGAGAGAAUCGGCUCGUCUCCUCGCAUGUCGGCUGAAUCGCCACGCGAAUUCGGAUCAGCCCCGAUCGACAUCGUAGAGUGACCACGGUCGAAAGAAUGGAGGCCAUGGAUGUGGACGGAGAUUCGGUGGUGGAUCUGAGCAUCAGCAGCAGUGGUAGGCGUAAUUCCCCGUCCCUUUCUGUGAAUUCCGGCGACAUCCCGUUGGACUUGGGCAUUCACUACUCCGCUAGUUCCAACUUGGAGAACAAUAUGCCAGAGGCACGCAAUAUACAGAACGCGGCUCGCGGUAUUUUGGCUCCUAAACGAUCCCACGGGGACGAACGUAAACCACGUCGUAAUCUUAGACCUAGGAUCGAAAGGAGCUAUGCCGAGAGUCCUGACGAGCCUAGAAUGAACGGAUAUCUGAAUGGAAAUGCAUCGGACAGCGACGAAGGCAAUGACAUGCCGCCGCUGCUGCCAAUCAAGGAACUGUCGUCCGACGAGCUGGCUGAACGCGAAAGAAUGCUCAGAAAAUGUAGAGAGGAGCUCAAAUCGGAGGAAAUGAAACUAGUGCUCUUGAAGAAGUUGCGUCAGUCACAGCAACUGAAGGAGAACAUCGCGGCGGCGCCCAAGGUUCUCAGCAAAUUACCACCGCCGAUAACGACGCAGCAGGUGCCUCACAGAGCCGGGAAAGCGCCCCCGCCGUUGCUUAAGGGACAGCCCGCGCCCAGCAGAAGUAGUAGUUUACACGCUCCCCCGGUUGGUAUGGUACUAACUCCUACCGCUGGUAGAACUGCUCUUCCAAGCGCCGGCGGAAUGCCCCCGAACAUGGUGAUACCUCAGCCACCUCAUCCGAGAGGAAGACCAGCCAGCGUAGCGGCGGCGACCGUCUCGAGCUAUCACGCGCCAACGGACAGAACGGAGAGGUCUACGAAGGAUCCGACACCGACUCCCGCGCAUCAAGUAAGUAAGCUGCUUGCUGGAUCGCAAGAAAAUAAAACCACCGCAUCCUUAAGCACACCUGUGAAUUCGGAACAGGAGAGAACAACGCGAGAGGAGACGCCUGCUCAACGUCAGGCAGCCGCCAAGAUGGCCCUAAGAAAGCAGCUCGAGAAGACAUUGUUACAAAUACCACCGCCGAAACCGCCGCCUCCCGAGAUGCACUUUGUGCCGAAUCCCUCCAACACGGAAUUCAUAUAUCUGGUCGGUUUGGAACAUGUGGUCGAUUUUAUAACGAAGGAACCGGCAGUACCGCCACCUCCGGAACCAUUCGAGUGCUCACAAUGUAAAACAGAUUUCACGCCCGUGUGGAAAUGGGAAAAACCUUUGCCUGGCGGUAAGAAGGAUAGUCCUAGAGGCCAACAUGCAACUUUCCAACGACCACCAGCGGGUCGCGAUCCGAGGGUCAUAUGUGAGCAUUGUGUAACGACUAAUGUGAAGAAAGCGUUAAAAGCAGAGCACACUAACCGAUUAAAAACUGCUUUCGUAAAAGCGCUGCAGCAAGAACAAGAGAUUGAGCAAAGGCUAGCGCAGACAGCAUGUCCGAGUCCUGAUCCUCCCGCUCCGAAACCAGUUCCUAAGGCAGCCACUCCUACACGUAGAGUGGCUACACCGCCUGCGCCUCCGCCGCAGGUACCACCGGCACCUACGUUGACGCCGACACCACCCGCGCCGAAGAUGCAGGAGCAUCCCCUGAUGAAACUGGACGGGGGGAAGUUCAGUCCGCACGCAGCUGCUGCGGCAGCCUUGCAGCAACAAUUGCUCAGAGAAUUGGCGAAGAAUCCAGUACCGGGUCUACCACCGCAUCAACCUCUUCCUGCUCACAUGAUGCCGCAUUUUACCUCGAUACUGUAUCCUUACCAAUUAGCAAUGGCUGCCAGUGGCAAAGGCCUCGUAGAGUUACAACGACAAGCGGCGGAUCUUCAACGUCAAUAUCUGCUCGACAUGAUUCCGUCGCAGGCGUCCCAGGCGCAAGGCAAUCAAGCACCGCCAAGAGCCCAUCCACAUAACUGGAAGACGUAACCGGACGCAUUUAAAGGAUGAUGUAGUAGCAGCAAAUGCGAAUAAACAGUGAACGUGUAGCGGAAGAAAUGGAAAGAAAAACUAAAAAAGGGGCAGUUAUAAAGUGUGCAGUCAUAAUUUGGUGCACCUUACGCUGUCAACACUAGUGACUCAAUUAAGGUGAAGCUCAACUUGAAAUACAUCGGAAGAUUGACACCGAUUAAUAUUGUAUAAAGAAUAAUCGUUGUGAAUAUGUCAAUUGACGUUUAUGACUUUAUUGUUAUCUAAGGGGUAAAGGUUUUAUUUCCGUCACUGAAAACACGCACUCUACGUACGUAUGAGUUGGGACAUAGAAUUUUGUGUCACGUCUAAAUAAUUCGUUGUUUAGUGGAGACCAAUCGAACUCUCUCCCGGAAUUGGAAAUGUGUCGUUCAUUUCCUUUUUUCCCGAUCUUUCCUCGUACAUGUAUGCGUUAUUAUUUCGUUAACGUGUCGUUAACAUUGUCCACUGAACAACUGAUAUAUAAACAUAAUAAUUAAUUUAAGUGUAUCGACAAGCAUAUAGUAACAUUGAAUGCAAUUGCUUGAAUUAUGAACACCGAGUUGCCUAACUAGGCGCGAGUGGAGCGAUCACCUCGCUUUUUCUAUAACUAUUUUUGUUCUUUAUCUGUAUGAUAUCCUAUGUCCUCUUUUUAUUAUUAUAUAAUGUCAUUAUUAGCAAAGUUGUAUUAUCUAUUUGUCCAAGAUUUUGUUGUUUUCUUCUUCGUCUUUUUUUCUUGGUCUGUCGUUUAUUCGCAAGGAUUAUCUGACGUGGUGAAAAGCAAAGUAAAAAUGCUCGCUCGCUCGCAUGAUAAUAUCAUAAGUUAGACAACUCUGUUAUACAACAUAAUAUAAAGAACCAAAUAGACAUUUACAAGGCACUAAAUAAAUCAAUAAUAAGUGUAAAAUGACUGCAAAUCGGAUUAUUAACAAUAAUAGGGAUAAUCACGAGAGGGAAGGCACGAGUGUAAGACGAGGUAAACGAAAGUUGAUGGAAAGGAUCUUUUUCGGCCCUUAGAUAGUUAAGACGAUUUUUGCCGCUGUUUCCAACGAGUUUUUGCGAUCAUCGGCAGUACCUGUAAUAUGUGUAUAUUUCAUUAUUUUCUCCGAACUGUAUUUUUAAGACGAGUUUAACGCAAGAUAGAGCUGUAGCUACAUACGAGGAAAAAGAAAAAAAAAACCUUUGUAAGAAAACGCGUGCGUGAGUGAAGAUAAGCCAGCACAUGUAUAGCAAUCUUUUUCUCUCUCGACAUACGGAGGUACGCAUCGGCGAGUUUCUAAUGGAAAGGGGCACGAAUGUUGUUCGCACAAAAUAUGAUUUUCUUGUGCGACACUUAAGUCGUACGUUAAGAUAUACGGGCUCGCGCGAAGUAUGCACUUGGGCGAUGUGUGUGACACACGACUUAAAACUUGGACAGUUCUUGUACGUUAAAAAAACGAGACUCACACAAACGAAUCUGUAAUGGUAAUCGGGACUCGAGUUAACGCAGCGCGAUUGAUUUUCAUGUCACAUUCGAUGUAAAAGUAUUUAAAGAAACUUACUAGAGGAGAUACGUAAUCGAGAUUUUUGCGAAUUGUUACAACACGGCGACCGCCGGAUUUUUACGACGUCCUCUACGAGUCUGCACUUGAACGAGUUAAAAAAAAAAAGUAUCCGGCACUUGUCCCCAGUAAUACCAGCCCUUCCUACCCUCCCCGGUCCUACCUUCCCCCUUCCUCCUCCACUAAUAGUCUGAUUUAAUUAAUUCUGGGCUAACCGAUCUUGGUCUCAUACAUUUCCGAAUCAAUUAAAUAUAUAGUACUAUAGUCUUGAUAUUUCUCGGUAUAUGAUACAACUUAAUAAACUAAAAUAGCGCAUAAUCAUCUCUCUUUGUACUACGUGAUAGAUUUUGAACUCGUACUUGAUAUACAUGUACACCAUAAUAAGUCUACGAUCGCAUAAUAGAUCAAGAUCUGUGUUUUUUGUGUAA